GUCGGUAUACUAAAAAUUUGCAGUAACAUUGCAAGACUGAUUUAGAGUGUAAUUUGUACUUUAUAAUCUGCUGAUAUUUAUUGUGAGAAAAAAAUACUUCUUCGAUUGAUUCAUUAAUAAAUACGUUUUAAUUACUGUGAUUUAUUGCAAUGUCACGAUUGUCAAGCAAAAGACUAUGUUCACAAAUUAAUGUUUCGUUUAAAUUAUUUAUAAGACAAUCUAUGACACUUCGUACAACAGAAAGAAAACAUGAAACAAUUUAUGCUCUCUCAUCUGGUCAUGGAAAAUGCGGAGUGGCUGUUGUCAGAAUAUCUGGUGUUAAUGCAAGCGAAGCUUUAAAUAAAAUGACGACAAUAUCAAACAUAGAACCUAGGAAAGCUGUAUUAAAAAAAAUAUUAGAUCCUGAAACAAAAGAAGUAAUAGAUAAUGGUUUAUGUUUAUGGUUUCCUGGACCAAAAUCAUUCACAGGUGAAGAUUGCGUUGAAUUCCAUGUCCAUGGAGGACCAGCGAUAUUGACAUCAUUGAUGAAUGCACUUUCUAAAUUACAUUUUUAUCAAGCAUUGCCAGGAGAAUUUACUAGACGAGCAUUUUACAAUAAUAAAUUAGAUCUUGUCGAAAUAGAAGGUUUAGCAGAUUUAAUAGAAGCAGAGACUGAAGAACAAAGGAAACAAGCAUUAUUACAAGCCAAUGGACAUUUAAGUAAACUUUAUAAAGAUUGGCGAAAAAGUCUCAUUAAUAUUAUUUCUAAUUUAGAAGCCUACAUAGAUUUUAAUGAAGAAGAUAAUAUAGAAGAUAAUGUCUUAGAGAUUUGUAAUUGUUCUAUUAAUGAUCUUAUUAAAAGGAUAGAACAACAUCUUUCAGAUAAUAGAAAAGGUGAAAUUUUACGAAAUGGAAUAAGAACUGUUAUUAUUGGAAAGCCAAAUGUAGGCAAAAGUACAAUAUUGAAUUAUUUAGUUCAAAGAAAUGCUGCUAUUGUGUCUCCUAUCGCGGGAACUACCAGAGAUAUUAUUGAAUUAAGAAUAAAUAUUUCUGGUUAUCCAGUAAUAUUAGCAGAUACUGCAGGAUUCACAAAAAGUCCUAAAGAUCCAGUUGAAAGUGAAGGUAUUCUUAGGGCAAAAGCAUACGCAGAAAAUGUAGAUCUUAUAAUUUUAGUAAUAGAUGCUUGUGAAUAUCUACAAAGUGGAAUGACAUAUUCAGAUUAUAUGAAGGAAUACAUUAAUAAUAUGAAUUUAAAUGAAAUAUUAACAGAAGAAUGUAGAAAGAGAUGUAUUGUGGUUGCAAAUAAAAUUGAUCUUUUGAAUGAAAAAAAUAAGGAAAUUAUAAAAAAGGAAAACGUAGUUGCGACUUCCUUUAUAACAGAAGAAGGUCUGUUAGAUAUAACAAAGAUUAUGACACAUUAUUGUAAAAAAUUAUGUCGUGAUACAUUCAAUGAAGAUCCGGUAAUCAGUCAAACUAGAUAUAGACAUCAUUUAUACAGAUGUCUUAAUAAUCUUCAGAAUUACAUAAAAAUAAUUUCUGUUGAAAAUUAUGAUAUGGUAAUAGCUGUAGAAGAAAUACGAAUUGCAAUGAGAGAACUUGGAAUGAUAACUGGACAUGUUUAUAAUGAUGAGAUAUUAAAUAACAUUUUUAAAAAUUUUUGUAUUGGUAAAUAAAAAAAAAUGAAUAUUA